AUGACGCAGCUCAACACCGCCCUCGAGGCUACACCGCCCAGGGCCUCGCGUGUGAGUGAUGCCGUCCCCUCGAGCCCCUCGGCCGGAGGGGCUGUGGCCUACAACGCGAACAGGGACUUGCAGCCCUUUCCCGCCAUGCCUGCCGCCGUCAAUGGCUCUCUGAUUCCUCCCUGCUCCUCCCACGUUUUGGGCAGCUCGGAGAAACGGAUCGUCCUCGAGCUCGAGGAUGGCACCGCCUACCAGGGCUACAGCUUCGGUGCGGAGAAGAGCGUGGCCGGUGAAUUGGUCUUCCAGACCGGAAUGGUGGGCUAUCCUGAAUCCAUCACCGAUCCCUCCUACCGGGGCCAGAUCCUGGUCAUCACAUUCCCCCUGGUCGGUAACUACGGUGUUCCUUCGCGGGAGACGAUGGACGAACUCCUCCAGGUGCUUCCCAAGCACUUCGAAUCCAACCAGAUCCACAUUGCCGGCCUUGUGGUUGCGACCUACUCCGGCGAGGACUACUCGCACUUCCUGGCUCAGUCGUCGCUGGGACAAUGGCUCAAAGAGCAAGGUGUUCCCGCCAUGCACGGUGUCGACACCAGGGCUCUGACCAAGCGCAUUCGGGAGAAGGGUAGCAUGCUCGGCCGCAUGAUGCUCCAGAAGUCCAAUGUAUCGACCGGCCUUGCCAAUGGAACCCACGCCAAUGGCAACGCAGCUGGCGCGGAGAAGGAUGCAUGGAGACCCUACUUCGAGCAGAUUGAGUGGGUUGACCCAAACAAGAAAAAUCUUGUUCAAGAAGUUUCUAUCCGAGAACCACGUCUGUUCAAACCUUCGGAGUCGGUCGCCCUCAAGCAUCCUUCCGGUCGUGCCGUUCGAGUGCUCUGCUUGGAUGUCGGGUUGAAAUUCAACCAGCUGCGCUGCUUGCUGUCCCGUGGUGUUGAAGUUUUGGACUAUGAUGGUUUAUUCAUCUCCAACGGUCCCGGUGACCCUGCCACCCUUUCCACGACAGUGAAGAAUCUCGCCAAGGCUGUCAACGAGGGAAAGACUCCAAUCUUUGGUAUCUGUCUUGGACACCAGCUCCUUGCCCGAGCAGUGGGUGCGAGCACCAUCAAGAUGAAGUUCGGUAACCGCGGUCACAACAUUCCUUGCACAAGCAUGAUCUCUGGAAAGUGUCACAUCACGUCUCAGAACCACGGAUAUGCUGUGGAUGCGACAACUCUUCCGGAGGGUUGGGAGGAGCUGUUUGUGAACGCGAACGAUGGUAGCAAUGAGGGUAUCCGGCAUGUCAGCCGCCCCUUCUUCAGUGUGCAGUUCCACCCAGAAAGCACGCCGGGUCCUCGAGAUACCGAGUUUCUCUUCGACGUCUUCAUCAAUGCUAUCAAGGACACCAUUGCCUCCCCUGAUGCCCUGGCCAAACCCGUUUCUUUCCCCGGGGGCUCUCGUGCCGAAAACGUGAAGGCGAAUCCUCGGGUGUCUGUCAAGAAAGUCUUGGUUCUGGGAAGUGGUGGAUUGAGCAUUGGUCAAGCGGGUGAAUUCGACUAUUCGGGCAGUCAAGCCAUCAAAGCCUUGAAAGAGGAGGGCAUCUACACCAUAUUGAUUAACCCCAACAUCGCAACGAUCCAGACUUCCAAAGGUCUAGCGGAUAAGGUGUACUUCCUUCCUGUCAACGCUGAUUUCGUGCGCAAGGUCAUCAAACAUGAGCGACCGGACGCCAUCUAUGUCACUUUCGGUGGCCAGACGGCAUUGCAGGUUGGUAUCCAGCUGAAGGACGAGUUCGAGGAGCUUGGCGUCAAGGUUCUGGGUACUCCCAUUGAAACCAUCAUUACGACUGAGGAUCGCGAACUGUUCGCUCGAAGCAUGGAGUCGAUCGGCGAGAAGUGUGCCAAGUCUGCCUCCGCUUCGACCGUUGAGGAGGCGAUGCAGGUUGUGGAGGAUAUCGGAUUCCCUGUCAUUGUCCGUGCCGCCUACGCUCUCGGAGGUCUGGGGAGCGGUUUCGCCGAGGAUGCGGAUCAGUUGCGUGCUCUCUGUUCAAAGGCUCUCGCUGCUAGCCCACAAGUGUUGAUCGAGAAGAGCAUGAAAGGCUGGAAAGAGAUCGAGUACGAGGUCGUCCGGGAUGCCAUGGAUAACUGUAUCACGGUCUGCAACAUGGAGAACUUCGACCCGCUGGGUAUUCACACUGGUGACUCCAUUGUGGUUGCUCCGUCACAAACUCUGUCGGACGAGGACUACAACAUGCUUCGAACGACCGCUGUCAACGUCAUCCGUCAUCUCGGUGUUGUUGGCGAGUGUAAUAUCCAGUAUGCCCUGAAUCCUUUCUCGAAGGAAUACUGCAUCAUUGAGGUCAACGCCCGUCUGUCACGAUCUUCGGCACUUGCCUCAAAAGCAACCGGGUAUCCUCUGGCUUUCAUUGCCGCCAAACUUGGUCUGGGCAUUCCGCUGAAUGAGAUCUCCAACUCGGUCACCAAGGUCACCUGUGCAUGCUUUGAGCCAUCCCUGGAUUAUGUUGUCGUCAAG